AUGCGCCCUAACGCAGCAAUGUCUCUGGGUAUGCUGGCGGUGUGCUCGCUGGUAUGCAUGUCAACUCUGGUGGACGCUUAUCCAUCCAAACCCGCCAGUCCAGAAGAAGGUGCGCCUACCGAGGACCUCGCCAAGUAUUACUCUGCACUCAGACACUACAUCAACCAAAUCACUCGACAGCGGUGAGUUCUUCUUUUGGUGAUGGGAAGGUACAGCAUAUGAUGACGAUUAUUAUUUUGGGUAAACAAUUAAAUUAAUACAUUACACAAGAUGUGCAUUUGAUCCCAGAAGAUAACAUUUGAAAAACACUUAUUUCCAAAGUGGUUCUGAUAAUGUUUCUCUUUUGUUACUCACCUUUCACAAAUUAUCUGUAUUUCAUAAGGUUUAACUUUGAAUGAAAUAAACGGUUGCAAUAAAAAUAUAUAUCUUUACCCCGCUCUCUCAGGUAUGGGAAAAGAUCCAGCCCUGAUACAGUGUUCUCUGACCUGCUACAGAGGGAGAGCACAGAGAGCAUCCCACGAGCAAGCUAUGGAAAGUGGGUGUAAAAACAUUCCAAGGAUACCGAUAUAUCUCUCCUCAGUAUGGUCAGCUUUAGCUAUCUUCUUUUUGGGGGUGGGGAUUAGUAGCCUAGCUCUAAUCCAUUAUUUUUGUUUAAGCAGUUUCAUAAUACCUCUUUUUUUUUAUGCACUAUACCCUAUAGGCUAUAUUAAGAACAACAGACACAGCAAUACACUCAUCCCUGACUAUAGCUAGCUAGAGUUAGUAGUCAAUGGACCAACAUAAUAAUGGUCCAACAUAAAUGAACACUUUGCUUGUUUCUCCUGAUAGAUAUGAGGACCUACCGUUGUGGUGGUGA